UUCUUCAGAGCGCUGAAAAAUGUCAGGUUUUCUUGAGAGCUUGAGGUGCUCGGAGUGUGUUGACUGGGGAGAGAAACGAAACACGAUCGCUUCUGUUGCUGCAGGAGUGCUGUUUUUUACAGGUUGGUGGAUAAUCAUAGAUGCAGCUGUAAAAUACCCUAAAGUGGAAGACUUCAACCAUUCAUACCAUGCUUGUGGGGUUAUAGCCACUAUUGCGUUCCUAAUGAUCAAUGCCGUGUCUAAUGGACAAGUGCGGGGUGACAGUUACAGUGAAGGCUGUCUAGGACAAACAGGUGCUCGGAUCUGGCUCUUCAUUGGUUUUAUGAUGGCUUUUGGAUCUCUGAUUGCUUCCAUGUGGAUCCUUUUUGGAGGCUAUGUUGUUAAAGAAAAACCAGUAGUAUACCCAGGAAUAGCUGUGUUCUUCCAGAAUGCGUUCAUCUUUUUUGGAGGACUGGUCUUUAAAUUCGGUCGCACGGAAGACUUGUGGCAAUGAACAUGCCUGUGGAAGUGCAUUGGCCAUGCUGGUUUUUUAACUGCACACUCCCAAAUUUUGUAAAACCAUUUUGUAAACAGUAACCUUCAAUUGUGUCUAAAGAUAAAAUAAGGAAAACUUAAAUCAUAGCACUAAAAAUUCUGGUUCUAUUCUGUUUCAUUUUUUUACUCUUGUAUGUUGAUUUAAAUGUUGUAAUGUUUUUGACAAACGUAAAAUUGCUACGAGUAACAAUGGCAGUCACUUUUAUGAUAAAAUGUUUGCUACAAGUAAAUAGUAUAGUGGAAAAUGGAUGUAUUUAACCAGCUGUUUCUAUGACAUUAUCUACAGUCCAAGACUUACUAAAUGCUUUAAAACAACUUUUUAACAUAUAUUUAUUAAAUAUUUCCUAUAUCUGGACAAUAUAACCAUUUCUUCAAUUUCAAAA